GCUGAUCCUGCUCGCAAUAGCUGCCGAUGAUACCGACAAGGACCAAGCCCUGAACGCCACUGGGAGUGUUAAAUUCUUUACACUGGCCGAUCGUGGUCUUUCCACCUCGGGAAUUGAGAACAUGUUCAGCACCAGAGAGCUUCUUCUCCCUGCCGGAUGAGAUCGAAGCUACGGUCCCCUGGAGCGCAAACAACACCGGACUGGAGAAGACUUGUAGAUCCGUCCUUCAACAGGCCGAUCAGAUACCAAGGAGUCGCAUCAUCUCCAGUUUGGCGAGAAAACAUGGCCAAUUCAUGGAUCAGCGACGAGCAUCUCCCAGGGUUGGAGACCAAGUCGUUGGCAAUAGAUUUGGAGCAGUCAAUGCGCUGCUUUGCUCAAGGACUGGGUUUCCAGGAGGACUUCUUCAAGUGUCAAUCAUAUCUUCCGGCAGGUGGAACUUACACCAUGCGUCUGCUGCAUUGCUUGCUCUACCCAGGGAGCCGGAUGGCAAGACAUAUCACCAUGCCCCGUGGGCAUGCAGACUGGGAAUUUUCGACUCUUUAUUUUAGAAAAAAGGAUAGAGUGUACUGUAAGUCUGUCCUGGUCUGAAAGUGAUCACCGACUUUGGAAUCGGUGAUGAAUGAAUAUUGUCUGCAGCCUCGGCGAUCUGCUUAAACGUCUCUCAGACGGCGGUUUCAGGACAUUGCAUCGAGCGAAGUCGCUCUCAGGCAAAGGUGAUUGCUUUGACGAUCUGUAGGACAUUACGUAUUUCAACCGGCCCUGCAAGGUCUCCUGGAUUCAGGUCCAUUGAAGACGUACCCCAAGGUUGACGGGGACGGGUUCACUACCAAUGCGAUGAGGCGUUUAUUACAAUACAGAAGAAGCUAAAUGCCAUGAAGGUAGCUACAGGAC